CAUCUGUCAGCAUUUAGCAUCCUCAAAUGAAAAGAGCAUGAGCAAAAUAUAAAUUCCCUUAUAAAGAGAAGCUCUAGGCAGAAAAAGAGGAGGGUUAUUUAAAAUAAUAAAGUUAAUUAAUGACAACUGUUCAUAAUUAAUAAAAGAAGAACGGGCCGACACUGUCAGUGAGCUAAAUUGUUACAGCCAGCAACAUAACAGUGCCUACCAACCAUGUUUAAAACGUUUAUUGUGAAAAAGUUAUACUUCUUUGCUGGAUGUACAGAUAAGUGAAUUGGUUGUGUUUGCUGAUCAUCCAAAGACAAACCACUUGUGCAGUAAAAUGAUCCCGCUCAAUAUUUUUUUCUCAAAAUCUGUUGACAUUUGUAGAGUUGUUUGCUACUGUCAAACGAUUGUGUCUUGUGUUAACCUCAUAAUAAAUAAUAAUGUACGAUUUGGAUCUGCUCCAAAAUAUAACCAAAUGUUUCCUGACCCACGCUUCCCCAAAACGCAGACGGACAACCAAACCAAAGAGAACAUAUCCUUCUUAUUGGCUGAGUGGGGCUGUCUCUUUCAUACAAGAUGAAGAGAUGGCUCAGAGGGAUGGAGGGAUGUGGACAGAGGAGCCUUUGGCAUCGGCAGAUCAGGCAGAAAGAAGACUGCAGACUGCAGAUGUGUCAAGGAGGAAGUUACUUCAGACUCCAGGAAUUGCAGUUCCCUUUCCUCCCCUCAAGGUGAUGUCGGAUGGGGAGCCGUGCGUCAUGUUCCAGGCCCGGAAGCUGUCUCUGCGCUACGAGAAGCAGAAGCAGCUGGACCUGACGGAGAGAGCGUUCUCUCCUCAGAACCCUGUCGACACGAGCCAGUCCGUCUGCCGCCAGGACAAGGCCACGCUGGUCAUGAGGUUUGGAGAUGUGGAGGAUUUGAGAGACCUUUCCAUAAGGCUGCAGCUGUCCAACACUUUCUACGAGUCUUCGGGUCAGUGGUGGUUCUCGGUGGACAGCGUGUCUGUGCGGUACAACUCCUCUGAGGAGGCAGUGUUCAACGCCAGCGACGUGUACGCUCCGACCUCCUCCUCCUACCACUGCCUGCACGUCAGCAGCCUGCAGCGCUACAGUGCCCUGCUGCUGCCCAGCAGCGAGGACGCUCACCGCUGGAGCCUCACCUUCACCAACUUCCAGAUUCAGGCAUUCAACAUCACCUCCGAUAGAUUCUCUCCGGCGACCGUCUGCGCCACCUUCAUGACGCCGGCCAUCCUGAUGGGGCUGGUCACUUCCCUCAUCCUGCUGCUGGUGCUGGCCUAUGCCUUGCACAUGGUCAUCCACCUGAAACACAUCGAGCACGAGGACGAACACAAAGCUGACGUCUACUUCCCCCAAAGCCCAGAACAGCCCGAACACUGCUGUGUGGAGAGCGACGCUGAGAAAAAUAUUCUGUAGUGUGGCGAAGAAGAUAUUUAGAGACUGUUACACUUUAAAAAGAGAUAGAGAGCUGAUUAUAAACUGCUGGUGCAAUGGUUUACUUUCAGCUCGGGGUUAGACUUUUUUAUAUAUAUAUUUAUAGUGUUUUUUUUAUUUGCCUGCUAGUUAAUAUCUGCAUUUGUCUUUAUAACAAAUUUAAUAAAAAAAUAUAAAAAAAU